CCACUCUGGGCUUUGGUCUCCUUACUUGCAGGAGGUUUGGCUCACUGGAUGUGCUUUCUAGCCCACAUUCUGGUCGAGAAACAAAUACCUCCUGUUGUGGGACCCAGCGUGGUGGGCGGAUGUCGUGGGUGGUAAAAGAAUUUACCAGCGAUAAAGUAUGAGAAUAGGAAAGGAGUUUAUUAGGGUGCACUGUCACAGACAGCAGCGGGCCACACAGACGGGAGGUGCCUGUGUGACCCCUGGGGGCCAGUUGUUCGGGUCUUCUAUAAGGUCGGGCCACAAGGUGCCUGAUCUGCUUGUGCACAAGGCUCUGAUUGGUUGUAGGUGAGGCAAGAAGUUUAGGGUCCCUGAAGGGUGGUGGGGUUUAUGACUGAUAAGGAUGAGGUGGGCUGAAACAAGCCAGCCUGGGCUGUUGUGAGAUUAGGCAUUACCUAGGGCUAUUAGGGCGAACACACCCAGUAAAGAUUGUACUGUUCAUCACAGGCAGACAUCUGAGAGCCCACGAAUGGGGGUCGUUGGACUUGGAAGGAUGUCAUUUGGCCCCACACCUACCAUGUAAGCCCUGCACCGCUGGUCUGUGGAGUCAGAAGGGUGAUGGUGGCUGUGUUCGCAGGCCUCUGCUCCACGUCCAGCACUGUGCUUGACCACUUGGUUCUCAGCAGCCACACAGAAGUGUUUGUAUCAGCCUUUUACAGAUGAGGAACAAAGUCAAGAGAGGUGGAGUGACUGCCUAGGGUUCCCCAGCAACUGGAAGCCAUUUAUGUGAAGGUAACAUCCAGAGACUUGAAAGGCCAGGAGAAGCCGAUGCCCACACUGGCCACCAUCCAGCCCCAGGCGGCCGGGCCGGGCCCACCUCCCCAAAGGCACUGCAGUGUGCUGGGGCUCAGCAUCGCCAGCUCGCAGCUGCUCAGGGCAAAGCCCCGCCUGAGCACCGGGCCACAGCCGUGCUUCCUGAGUACCUCGCCUCAGCCUCUUGCUCAGGUGUUAGUACAGAGGCCACUGCCCGCCCUCCGACCAGUCCCUGCGAAGACAGGCUUGGCUCCUGAGGCUCCAAGUGGGCAGGGAGCCACGUUGGCCCCUUCGUCGGCCUCCGACCAGCCAGCAGUGACAUCUGUUUCAUCCAGUUCAGCAAAUUUAUUUAUUUCCAACUCACACACAAAACACACUGAGAAACUAAAAAAAUCUUUAAAAGUAAAAACACGUUCUGGACGGAUAUCUCGACCUCCCAAGUAUAAAGCUAAAGAUUAUAAAUUCAUAAAAACAGAGGAUUUGGCCGAUGGACACCCGUCAGAUUCUGACGAUUAUUCAGAACUGAGUGUGGAAGAAGAUGAGGACCAGAGGGGGAAGCAGGCACUCUUUGACCUGUCGAGCUGCAUCCUGAGGCCCAAAAUGUUUAAGUGUCAGACGUGUGAAAAGUCAUACAUAGGAAAGGGGGGUCUGGCCCGGCACUUUAAGCUUAAUCCAGGCCACAGCCACGUGGAGCCUGAGAUGUCGCUGUCGGAGAAGGCCAACGGGAGCGUGAUCCAGGGCCCCACGGAGGGCAGGCUUGUCAGCCUGGCAUCCCCGGAGCCACCCUCACUGGCUCUUCUAAGUGAGGAUGGGGCCCGGUCAGCAGGGGGUGGCCUGCAGAAUAGUCAGUCAGUACAAGGUGAUGAGGCGUUGGUGUCUGAACCAGAAAAUGGAAGUUGUUCAGCCCUUUCGGGAUCAAAGAGACACCCAGGACCUAGAAGUGUCUGCUCCACGGCCCCUGCAGAGCCCAGCGCAGCCGUCCUGGAGCAGAGCGGACCGCACGUGGGUGCUGGCACGGCCGGGACGCGGAGCCCAGCGAGGAGCAGAGCCCGGCUUCAGGAGUUUCUCCACCAGUGUGACCAGGAGGAUCUAGUGGAGUUGGCUCUGCCUCAGCUGGCUCGGGUCGUGACCGUGUAUGAAUUCCUUCUGAUGAAGGUUGAAAGAGGUCAUCUAGCAAAACCUUUCUUCCCAGCUGUAUACAAGGAAUUUGAAGAGUUGCACAAAAUGGUUAAGAAAAUGUGUCAAGAUUACCUGCACAGUUCUGGUCCCUGUCUUCAGGAGCCCCUGGAAAUAAACAACAACAAGGUUGCUGAGUCCUUGGGAAUCACGGAAGAAUUCCUGAGGAAAAGAGAAACAUGCACAGAUUGCGUUCCACCCAAGUGCGCCAGCCAAGAGAUGGACAGGGAGGGGCCGGGGGAAGCCGGCCGACGGAAGAGGGGCAACCAGACCACAGAAGAGGGGCUGGCUUCAGUGAAAAGGACCAGGAGAGAAACUCUGCCCCAGGACACCGAGCCUUCUGCCAACAUCGGAGGCCAGCAGAGGCCAGCCCUGUGGGUCCCAGCUGCCAGUGAGGGUUUUGGCCCUGGAGUAAACGGGCGCACCUCUCACCUGGCUGACGACAGCCCCCCGAGGCCGGCUUCCGAGAGGGAUGGAAGCACCGCACACGCCGGCCAGCGGCUGAAAGCGUUCGCUGACUUAGCAGCUGGGAGUGGGUCUGCAGACCCUGCUCCCUGGUGCCGGGAUGUGAGUGGGCUGGGGGCACUGGCCCUGGGGUGGGUGGCAGCAGUCCCCGAGAACACCCAGGAACACUGGACAGACGCUGCCACCGGGGACAGCCUGAGGAGCUGGCGUCUCUGCAGCAGCUCGACAUCCGCCGGCGGAGUGGGGUCCCUGCUGCCCGGCGGGUCUGGAAGUGCAGAGGCAGGGAACCUCUGUGAGGUGCGCGACUCCCCCGUGACCGGCCCCGGCAAGGUCCUGCUUGCCCAGGCUGCGGCCCCUCCGCUGGACAAAGUGUUGUCCUUGGACAUCGGGCCCGCUGACCAUGCCUACGGCUCUGUGUCCGAGCCCGGGCCUCAGCUAUGUCCGGAAGGGGGUCUUGGAGGCCAUGUGGGGGACUUGGACCAGUUGCCCUGUGGGACUGAGACACACACCGACCAGGGGGAGCUGGAGCACGUUGCAGCCGUCGGGGAAGCUGUGGCUUUUGAAGUUACCAACGGGUGCCAUGGACAGGAGCGGAUAUUUAUUCAGACUCCCGAUGGACUUAUCUUGUCCCACCCAGGUCCCGUAGUGUCUGCGGAGGGGGACAUUGUCAUAGUGACCAACGCAGAGGGGCCUGCCCUGCAGACUGGCCCCCCGGAAGGGGUUCUUCCAGAUUCUGGGGAGGCAAGCCUUCACAGUGAAGUGGAGUCAGUCCUGCAGUCCUAGAGUUACAUGUAUUUUAUCCAGAGAAGGUCUGUUUCAAGUAAUGUAUAUUUUUCUAAUGUGAAUACUGAUGCAAAUGAAUCUUAUUUAUAAAGAAGUGUCUUUCUACCCCC